AUGAUUGGUGGACAAGUUACUCUUUCCAAAUCAGUGAUUAUUGCAAUGAAUGGUAAAACAGUAGAAAUUGGUAAUAUGGAUGUGGAGAGACAUUUAGUCUUGGCAGAUAUGAUUACUUAUGCUAUUCAAAAAGAAAAGGCCAUCAAAAUAAUUACAAUAGCAAUAUUAACUGGAGCUGUGAUGGCUGCCUUUACUCUUUUUUGUAAAGUUCUUAUUGUCUUGUCAUCUG